AUGGCUCACGACUUCCCCCCUCUGAAGAAUGACCUGCUGCUGCGGGCAGCACGCGGUGAGGUCGUUGAGCGACCCCCCUGCUGGAUCAUGCGACAAGCCGGCCGCUAUCUCCCCGAGUACCACGAAGCGAAGGGCACCAAUGACUUCUUCGCGUGCUGUCGCUCUCCCGAGAUCGCCUCAACCCUGACGCUCCAGCCGAUCGACCGCUUCGACGGCCUCCUCGAUGCGGCCAUCAUCUUCAGCGACAUCCUCGUCAUCCCGCAGGCGCUCGGCAUGACGGUCGAGAUGGUCGACAAGAAGGGUCCGCACUUUCCCAGCCCCCUCACGGGGCCCGAGGACCCCCAGUACGCCUCGGUCAUGGCCGUCGACCUGCCGACGGCGGCGGCCGAGCUCGACUACGUCUACAAGGCCAUCACGAUGACGCGGCACAAGCUCGCCGGCCGCGUGCCCCUCAUCGGCUUCUGCGGCGCCCCCUGGACGCUGCUCUGCUACAUGGUCGAGGGCGGCGGCACCAAGCUCUUCAUCCAGUCCAAGAAGUGGGUGUACCGCCACGCCGACGCCGCGCGCGCCCUGCUCCAGAAGAUCGCCGACCUCUGCGUCGAGUACCUGGCGCUGCAGGUCCAGGCCGGCGCCCAGGCCGUCAUGGUCUUCGACAGCUGGGCCGGCGAGCUCGGCCCCCGCGAGUUCGCCAGCUUCAGCGAGCCCUACCUCGCCCACAUUGCCGCCCACCUGCCCGCCAAGCUGCGCAGCCUCGGCCUCGACCCCGUGCCCAUGACCGUCUUCCCCAAGGGCGCCUGGCACGCCCUCGGCCGCGCCUGCGACCUUGGCUACGACGCCGUCGGCAUCGACUGGAUGCAGGACCCCGCCGAGGCCGUCCGUAUCCGCGGCGACCGCCGUGUCGCGCUGCAGGGCAACGCCGACCCCGGCGUGCUAUACGGCACCAAGGAGGAAAUGACGCGCGCCGCCCAGGUCAUGGUCGACGGCUUCUGGAAGGAGAAGAAGGGCUGGAUCUGCAACCUUGGACACGGCAUCACACCCGGCGUCAACCCGGAUGAUCUCAAGUUCUUCCUCUCGGAAGUCCACCGCUUGACGCAGCAGUAG